CCUCUAAUAUAGAAUAUUUUGAUUGUAUAACUUUUAUUAAUGAGCUCGGCGGCCAUAUUUCUGGCCCAAAUACGAUGGAGCACCCUGAUACACACCGUAACAAGUGCAUAGUCGUUUGUGAACCAGCGAAGGGCAGUUCCGAUCAAAGGAGCCACCGUUGCUAGGAAAAUUGCGCCCUCUCGAGCUUGUGGCUCAUUAUUCUCACCAUUGCAUUUAUAAACAAUGAUUAUAAAGUACGUCUUAAACCAGCUCCAACUGAGGAAAAUCCGUCUUUCCCACUCGACGAUUCCCGCUCACAAUGGAAAAACUAAGGAGGGAAAAUUGGGCCACUCUUUAGAAGUAUUCUCAGCUUGCACGUACGCCCUGCUUUAUUUCCGUCACAUUAUCUUUGCUUAGGUCAACGAAUUUCAAUCUCUGGAAAUGGUAAUGCUGUUAUCACCGCUAAGGCGGAAACGCGUGUUAAGUAUUUAAAAACUGAAAAUAUCAGAUGUUAAAUCACUUUGUGACCUGAUUUCGUCGUAGAAACAUUAUAAACAACGGAUGUUGCGGUCUCUAAAAAAACACUGAAAUGUGUUACGGAAAAUCUGUUUCCCUGUAUUCUAUAUGGACGGGAAAUUUACAGUAAUGAGAAAUAGCAACUGGUGGGAAACAGUGUGGUCGUCCUCUUCAUGUAGACUUAUACAAAAUAUGCAAGCUCACUUAGGAACAAGUAAAAUAGUAAAAGCAACAGUAGGCCUACUUUCGAGUGAACAGUCGGUAUAAGUCAGUUACUAUUCUCACUCACGUUCUGUAUACUCGCCCAGUUUUGCAAGUCAACCUCAUCACUCAAACUCUCUGGAGCACUUUUUAAUUAGUAUCAAACCCCGGCAUUGCGUUGCUUUCUUCGCUCGAAAUUUCGAAUGCUUGGUUUUUAGAGCGAUUCUCGGUAUGUUUUUCUGGUUUAUUUUUGCCUUCGCCCUUGCUAUGGCCCUAUCUCAGGAUGCCCAUCUAGAUAAAAGGAGUGUUGCACAGACAGAGGGAGAAGAAGUGGUUCUGAAGUGCCAAGAACUUUAUCAGAGCAGCCCGCCGUACGAGCUUACUGUGAAACUAGUUCAUCUCGAAGAUGAAGGCCUGUACUACUGCAACUUGUGCAGUGGCACUCAUGUCAACACUUUGGAAACUUUCAAGUUGACAGUUAGCCCCCUGUCUAGGUGUGAAUUUCAUGCUAAGAUGCUUCCGCCAGGGACGAAAGCACGUUUGGAGUGCACACUUUCAGCUAUGGCCACGCCUAACCGACAGACCACAGACUCUGAUCAAGCACUCUCCUCACAAACACAGACGAGCGCGCCGACACUACCAGGAGGAAACUACACGAGUGUGUCGAGUCAUACACCAAACGGGCGUGGGUCAGUCCAAGUGUCCCCCGAAGCAGCAACCUCAGUGAAUCCAACGCCAAAGUCUUUCCGUGACAGUUAUCCCGACCAACUUUGGUUGAAGGUCGGAGGCGCUGUGACUUUGUGCUUGUUGGUUAUUGUGUGUUUCGUUGCGGUAACGAGAUGUAUCCGAAGAAGGAAAAAGAAACAAAAAGUGUUGAUUAGCCAGAACGAUGCCCGGGUCCUGUGCGCUUCUCCUACAGAGCCUGUCCCAGAAAAACAAUCUUGUAGAUACGAAGACCACCCGUCGGUCAUGGCUGCACGUGCAGAGUCAGCGGUCUAUUUCACCGUAUCUGGCGAGGAUACUGCGCUGUCUCCUGGGGAUCGCAGCAAAGCAACGACAGCAUGCGAUGCAGAGCCCACGUACUGUAACGUAAGUCGUAGAAGAGAAAACUUUCUUCCAAAGUGGAAGCUUCUCCCAUUCCCAGACCCUACAGACUCUCGACAGUGAGUUUAUCUCAUCAAGGGCAGAUGCAAUGGGCCGUUGUGGUCUAUGCCCCCCUCAAAACGGAAUCAUUUUCCCUUUGCUCUAUGUCGUUUCUUAUAAAAAAAAAUGUAAAAGCCUCAAAAUGUAGCUUCAACCCCUACUAAGCCCAUAAAACGUUACAUGAAAAACUUCAAUUUUUUGCCCCCCCCCAAAAAAAAAAACUUUGGUUCUGGAUCCCAGAAACUCCCAGAAAAAAAAUCGUGGUGAUUUAUUGCUGUUGAAGAUGUAAGUUAGCAGCUUUAGAAUAUUAUGACCAAUGAUGUGAAGCCGUUUUACAUUAACCUUAAUCCGCCAUGCCUAUACUGUGUAAAUCAAAUAGCUGCAUUCGGUAUGUUUGUUUAUAAUUAAGGCAUUGGCCGAUUUUUCGCUCAUGUAUAAUAAAAAAUUAUGUGGAAAGUUAAGAACUUGUGUAUGACAAAAAUAGAAGAAUUAACACCAAAGAAUAAAUUUAUAGGGAAGAUUUGCCUGAUAGUCAUGGACAUUGUAUGGUGUUUCUGGAUUUGUAACAUCUUGUUGGUCUAUGCAUGCAACUCACUUUAAGAUGCAGGACGUUGUGUGUGCCAAGCCCGCCAUUUUAUGAGACUAGGAUAGCUUCUUACAAACCAUGACUUUCAUGUGUUGUGUCCAUUGCUUACAAUUCUUAAUUGAUUACCGGUACUGAAUUUAGCUCUCCUGAUCUUUAAAUUUGAAAAGUCACUGUUCUUUCUUUUAAACGUAAAAUUUUACCGCGUGCUAUUUCUUACCUUGUUCUGUGUUGAGAUUAAUUGUGUAGUCUAUGUAUUUAGGGUAGAAUGUUAUUAUAACGUAGGGCCUGUACUUGGUAAACGAAAUAACGUGAGUUUCAAGGGGUAACAAAAUUUGUAAUUCGCAUACUGCAGUGGGGUUGACACCGUUGCCAAGAAAUACUGUACCAAUAUGUCUACCAUGGAAAACGCACCGGAUUUUUAGGAAUCUAAGUGUAGUUUUGAGAUUUCACUUUCGUGACGAGUUGUUUAUGCUUUUGCUAUAUUUCUACAGUAGACCUGUCUUGCGCUGCAAACUUCAACAAAGUCUGAGCUACUGCGCACACUCAUAGGCCCUGAUAUCUGUUGAAAUGGCGUAAUGAAAGCCAGGAACGAGGUCGAUAGGCCACGUGCUCAGAUGCUUAGGGUCGUUACCUUUUUUGAGCAUAUGAGGACAUGGCAUUGUGUUCCGUGCAAGUAUUCUCUUUUCACCUUUAUUUUGUAGGGGCGGCCAAUGUUCAAGUGCAGAAAGUUCAGCCUCGGUUGGCAAUCGCGUUUGCCUCAAAGCGUCCAUUUUACUUCCCCAUUAUUGUAAUAUAACUUCUAAUGGAAAUGCAUUUUCUUAUACUGUUUAAAUGAGAUUCGUUAAGCUCUUUUUUAGUGAAUACCUCUUUUGGACUUGAGCUAGGGCCUAGUGGCAAGCUACAGUUUUUGCCAAUCAGUGGUGGGAAAACAGUGCUUGUAACGUUGCCAACAAGCGGAAUGGGGAUACCCUGUUUAUCGUUUAAGUUGAUAGUAUGCAUACGUAUAUAGAUGAAUAAUGUUGCGUUAUUGACUGAACGAAUGUACAGUACAUGUACAUGUGAUCAAGCAACGUCCUCCAGGAUGCAUUUGAUGCGCGGAAUUUGGCAAAGGGACCCCCCCCCACAUUGUGUCUUCUUUUAUGUUGACAGAAUCUUUGGAAUUCGUUUCAGAUUUUCGGGGGGGGGUGUAGUAGGCACAAUAGCCUUGAGGUAUAUAGCUUGUGCAUCACAUUAGGGAGGGCCCCCCUUUGUCACAUAUCGUGCUGGAAAUACAAGGAUAAACCAGUUCGAAAUUUCGAAAACGCGGGGUUAUUCGGGAACAAAACAAGAGUCUAUACGUAGGACAGAUCUCGCACGUACGUCCCAUUGGGACAGGCGCUGUUGGAAAACUGAAAUGAUUCGCUAAAAGCAAUCUUGGUAGCAGUGGGGGCGCACAUGCUUUUAAUAGAGCCUGAAAGUAAAAGGUCACGCAUCGACUGAGCUUCCGGAACCCUUGCGUGGUCCUCCUAUGGGGAGUUUACAUUGGGCCAUCCUGCAAGAUCGAUAUUUUUUGAAAAAUAAUUUCUU